UUCUGCUUUGGCGUCAUGCUUGGGAUGGGAAGUGCGUUGGAGACAUUGUGUGGGCAAGCCGUUGGAGCGGGUAAACUAGACAUGUUGGGUGUGUACAUGCAAAGAUCAUGGGUCAUCCUCAACACAACUGCCCUCCUCCUUUGCCUUUUAUACAUUUUUGCGCGCCAACUCCUAAAAGCCAUCGGAGAAACAACCGCAAUCGCCGAGGCGGCCGGCGUUUUCGCCGACUGGAUGAUCCCGCAGCUGUUCGCCUACUCCAUGAAUUUCCCAAUUCAGAAGUUCUUGCAAGCACAGAGUAAGAUUAUGGUCACGGCUUGGAUUUCUGCCGCGGCGCUGGUAGCGCACGCGGCGCUAAGCUGGGACUUGAUGUUAAAAGUGGGGUGGGGCCUUGUUGGUGCGGCGGUGGUUUUAAAUGUGACGUGGUGGUUCAUAGUUGUGGCUCAGUUGGCAUAUAUAUUUGGUGGUAGUCUUUGCCUGGAAGUUUGGUACUUUAUGGCCCUAAUUCUGGUAGCUGGUUAUCUCAAGAACGCAGAAGUUGCGGUGGAUGCAAUGUCCAUUUGCAUGAACAUAUUGGGAUGGACAGUGAUGUUAGCAUUCGGAAUGAAUGCAGCAGUAAGUGUGAGAGUGUCAAAUGAAUUGGGGGCAGGUCAUCCAAGAACAGCGAAAUUCGCUGUAACUGUGGCUGUGAUUAGUUCAUUUGCGAUUGCUUUAGUGCUCUCCAUGAUUCUCGUCAUAUUCAGGAAGCAAUACCCUUCACUGUUUUCAACGGACGAAGAUGUGAAAGAGCUUGUGAUAGAGCUGACACCCAUGUUGGCGUUAUGCAUUAUAAUCAACAACGUGCAACCAGUUCUUUCAGGUGUGGCUGUUGGGGCAGGCUGGCAAGCUAUUCUUGCUUAUGUCAACAUUGCUUGCUACUACAUUUUUGGUAUUCCUCUUGGACUUCUUUUGGGCUUCAUGCUUGGAUGGCCCAUUUUUCGGGGAAUUUGGUCUGGAAUGUUGUCUGGGAUAGUCCUACAAACUUGUGUGCUAUUCUUCAUGAUCUACAAAACGAAUUGGAAUAAAGAGGCUUCUCUUGCAGAAAAUAGGAUAAAGAAGUGGGGAGGUUAUAAAGAUACAAAAGUGAAUCAUAUUGUGGAGGAUAAUCAAGAAGCAUAA